GUUCCUCCCCUCUCAACUGCUCUGGUUCUUAUAAAAACUUCACAGCCUUCCACUAACAUCGCAUAGGAGCCUCUCUCCCUACUGCUGCUACACAAGACCCUGAGCCUGACCUGCAGGACGAAACCAUGAAGAGCCUGGUCCUUCUCACCAUCCUGGCCGCCUUAGCGGUAGUAACUUUGUGUUAUGGAGAGUGGCAGAAAGAAGAAAAUUUCUGCUUUGAUAUCAUUUCAGUUCUCUCUCUGAACUGGCAUCGUGCCCAGAAAUCACAUGAAAGCAUGGAAUCUUAUGAACUUAAUCCCUUCAUUAACAGGAGAAAUGCAAAUACCUUCAUAUCCCCUCAGCAGAGAUGGAGAGCUAAAGUCCAAGAGAGGAUCCGAGAACGCUCUAAGCCUGUCCACGAGCUCAAUAGGGAAGCCUGUGAUGACUACAGACUUUGCGAACGCUACGCCAUGGUUUAUGGAUACAAUGCUGCCUAUAAUCGCUACUUCAGGGAGCGCCGAGGGGCCAAAUGAGAUUGGGGGAAGAAAAAAAAUCUCCUUUUUUUUGGAGGCUGGCACCUGAUUUUGUAUCCCCUUGUAGCAGCAUUACUGAAAUACAUAGACUUAUAUACAAUGCUUGUUUCCUGUAUAUUCUCUUGUCUGGCUGCACCCCUUUUUUCCUGCCCCCAGAUUGAUAAGUAAUGAAAGUGCACUGCAGUGAGGGUCAAAGGAGAGUCAACAUAUGUGAUUGUUCCAUAAUAAACUUCUGGUGUGAUACUUUCA